AUGUACCAACAACCCAACAACACAGAUUUGGCAAAAGAAAAUCUUCUCAUCCAUCUUGAUUGCCCGUAUUCUCAAGAAUUACUUCUCCGGGUACUCACAGAAACCAACAAUGAAGAAAACUCUAAAUUUCUUUCCAAGUACAACAUUUUCACUCGGGAGGACGUUUUGAAAUUUGCUUCCGAAACUUGUGAGCAAUCACAAUCAUCAUCUGCUCUUGUUUAUGAACAAUCCGUAGAAAACUUUAUCAAACAUUUCAACAUUCAUGUUCAAUGGGAUGAAUAUGAAAACAUUGCUUGGAAUCUAGUGAUGUCUCAUGAACCAUCAUCAUCUUUAGGAUUAGAAAAAUCAAAAACACCUCUCCGAUGUAAUUAUUAUUGUGUUCGGAAGGGUCUCAUCAGAAAGGCACAAUUUGCAAGUGUUUUAAAUCGAUACAUGACAAAAAAGUUAGACAAACAAGAAACCACUUGCUUAAAAAGGUCAAUUCCUGAGACCUAUCUCUAUGAAUUGGAUGAUCCCGAAUAUUUUGAUGAGAGUUUAUAUGAUAUUUAUGAAGUAGUUGAAUCUCUUCAAGAAAAUGAAAGAAAAUUACAGGAGGGUGAAUUGAUGAAUUUAACCACAUGGAUUUUGAAACCAUCCAUCACUAAUAAGGGAGCUGAAAUUUUCAUUUUCAAUUCGUUGGAGGCGUUGAGAAAUUAUUUUACACAAAAACAUGAACAACACCGUUCAGAAGAAGAAGAAGAUGAGGAACAACUUGAUGAAGAUAAGGAUUUGUCUUCUGAGCAACAUGUUGAUUUGAGGCAAUUAAGAGAAUGGGUAAUUCAACGCUAUGUGGAUAGACCUUUAUUGUUGUGUGGUGGAAGAAAAUUUCACCUGAGAGUUUAUGUUGUGUCUGUGGGCGCCUUACAGGUUUAUGUCUAUGAUCAAAUAUUGGCAUUGUUUGCGUUGAGACCUUUUGAUAUGACUCGAGUCAAUGACACAUUUUCACACAUUACAAAUACGUGCGUUCAAGUGAAUGAAGUAGAUUUCAAAGAGAGCGAAUCAGUGAAAUUGUUCUGGAAUUUGGACAAGGAAGACGCUGAACACAUUUCGAGAACACAAUUAGAACGAAUUUUCGAACAAGUGAAAGAAAUAACAGGAGAGACAUUUGCGGCUGUGAGUGGCGAAUUGAAUUUUAUGCCCUUGCCCCAUUGCUUUGAAUUGUAUGGGUUAGACUUUUUAGUCGAUGAAAAUCAUCAAGUCUACUUGCUCGAGGUCAAUGCUGGCCCAGACUUUAAGCAAACAGGAAAAGAAUUGGACAGCGUGAUUUAUAAUUUGUUUAAGCAGACAGCAAAGGUUGUUUUAUUGAACGACACUGAAGCUUGCAUUGUGAGCAAUGAAAAUCCUGCCACUUUUGGUAAGGGUCAGUUACAUCGAGUGUUAUCGAAAGAGACCACAUACAGAAACGAAUUUUAA